AUGAAGUUGCAAGAAAGUAUUAACGUAAAUACUUAUUUAACUUACAAGCCGCCGUACAAUAUUGAACCAGAUAGAAAAAUAGUGUCAGAAUCUUUUGACUGGGAUUCUAAUCAUCCAAAAACACUUGCAGUAAUCUGUAUUCAAAAACUAAGUGAAAAUUGGAGGGGAUAUCCAAAGUUAGAGCAUUUUACUGCGAAAGAUAAGGACUUAUUCUUACAAAUAUUGGACACUCAAGUACCUCUGCAAAUCCUGGUAGAUAACAUUAAAAACGAUAUAUUUUGGAAAAGGUGUUAUAAAUCGCGAUGGACCGAUUCACCAUUAAUAACAAAUGAAAAAAGGAUUACUAGAAGUGAUAUGAAUUGUAAAAGGGUUAAAUAUAUUUUACGAGGAUUAUCUGAUAGUCAAAAUUUGGAAACUUUGGACUUUAGUCAUUGCAAAAUAUCAGAUGAAGGGGCCGCUUCAAUAGCCAAGUUUAUAUUGCGCCAUGAAAAUUUACGAAGCCUUAUUUUAGCCGAUAAUGUAUUUGGUCCAUCAGGAAUAGAAAGUAUAGCACAUGCACUGAAUCAUGUUACAUGCAGCAUUCGAAAUUUAGAUUUAAGAUUAAACACCAGGCUUGGAUCGGAAGGCAUAGCUCACAUCGCAGUAACUAUUGCCAGAGGGUGCAAUUUAACAUCGUAAAGUUGAAUAUAUCGGGAUGUGGUAUUAAUGCAAUGCCCCUAACCAAAGCACCAGCUGGGGUUUGGUCUACAACGAGUGCUGAUAGUCCUCCAACUUGUGGCGAACUUUUAGCUAGAGCUAUUGGCUUAGCUAAAACACCUUUACGAGCCUUGGAUAUAAGUGUGAACGAUAUUGGUUCCCCCAGUGAUCAUAGUUUGUCGAAUGCCAUUUGCCUAAGUUACUUGAUAGAUGUUAAUCUCAAAAGAUCUGGAAUGUCAUCAAUGGCGAUGGCUAUAGGUGAAUCUGCUGCUGCAGCACAAAGAUUAAGGAGAGAAGCAGAAAAGGGAAUAAGAUUUAGAAGAAGUGCCGGAAGAGUUUUACAAGCUCGAAGAGUAGCUAAAGGGAUGAAUAUAGAUGCCGAUCCAAUUCUGUUAGCGCAGCAACUCUCAGCUCGUCCUUCUAUAGUAUCGGUUACAUCAGAGGAUGGCAUUUAUUGUAUGCAAACACAACCAUUACCUGCCGAUUUUAGCUUCGUUCCUAUGAUAAAGAGUCCAUUACCAUCAUCCAGAACUUCAUCAAUUACUGGUCCUCCGACGUCCAGACGGUCCAGUCAUCAUAUGAUUAUGGAACCAGUAAAAGAAAUGCGGCGCAGUGCAUUAGUUCGUCGAGGUUCAGAUGGAUCUUUGUUGCAGCCACGCAACGAAAGCGGUCCACGACACAUAAAAAUAUUUGUUUCAAAUGAGUUGGUUAGCUCAGAACAUUAUUAAUACAGUCUUUACGUAUUUCUAUU